CAGUUAAAGACAGGGAUCACGAUUCUUUUUAAAAUUCUUUUCACGGUGCCUAGGGAGCAUUGCUCAGUCGUCAGGUUCAAAGAGAUCUUUUGAAGUAAUGAACCUUAGCUUGGCGAGUACGUUUCUGCGACAUAAAUUUACGCGAUUUGGGCGAGUAAGAAAGUAAGGGAUCAAAGCUCGAAGGCAGAAAAGCACCACUUUUUUAUUGACUUUCAUCUGUCGAAGAGACACAAAUUUAGCGUUUCAUCUGUAAUGUUUCAAGUGUGUCAAACGAAGCAAAAACUGGUAAGUUCUCGAUCAUAAUUUUUUUAAAUCAGGUGGCAACAUUAGCAAUGAUCUGACUCCCAAAAAUUGACACUCUUGAAAGUGAGAGACACAUAUCCAAAACUACAAAGACCGAUUCAAAUAGUAAAAUAGUUUUAAAAAAGUUGCGUUAAAAUGUGUGCCGUUUUGUAAUAAAUUCUGUCGAUGAAAAAACAAAAAGUAGAUAUAAGUAAGAUGUAAUGGAAAUAAGGGCGUAUAAGACAUCUUUCAUUUUGUCCAUCGUUUUCUUUGUUCCCGCAAAUUCGAUUAAAUACUGUCCAGCCCGGCAGAGCCUUAAUUCACGGCACGUGUACGCCACAAAUUUAAUAUAUUCUAAAUCCAGUCGUUUACCGUAUGAAUUAAACAACGCAAUAUCUUUAUAAUGUACAGUUUCCUCUGCUUAGCAUAGAAUACGCGUGUUACGCUUCACAUUACGUUCUGAAUCUUCGUUACUCAUUACUUAGUAAGCGAAAUCCACGGUAAAGUAGCCUUCAUCAACAUCGAUCAAACGCGAGUUAAGUACAAAACCCCAACCAUGCCAAAAGAACACUUGAUAUAGUCAGAUCGUCAGGAGCAAGGCAAUGGACCAGCAGCGGAAAAUAUCAUUGGCUUCAAACGUUCGUUUCCAUCGAUGGUAAAGGUUUUUAGCUCUUCCUAGCUUAGCUAUUUUAUCAUGAAACUCUUCUUUCUGGCUUUUUAAUCUUUGGGAAAUAAACACAUAAGCCUAUUGCAUAUGUUCCUAUAGUUAUUUAUAAUUACUGAUAUUGUUACUGUAAUUUUUUUAAUGUGUAAAAUAUUAGGCAAAAUAGAGUCGAAACAUCUCUACUUCAGUAUAGCUUCAUUUCUUUUUUCUUUUAAGAUUUUUCAGAAACAUUUCCGCGUUUUUUCAAAUUAUUAUCAUAAAUGAUUUUCCUUAAUAAGUAAUUUGAUUUUUGGAGGUGCAAUUCGUGAAUAAACAUUUAAAAUUGUAUUUGCUUUAAAAAGUAUACGUGCCUCGUUUUGUCGACGUUUUCUUUACUUUAAUUAGGGCCUAAAAAGGAGAAAUGCUUAGCAGGAAAUCGCUUGUAAUGAACCCUUCUCGCCUGUCAUUUCAUGAAAACAUUCUGACACUUUAACUUGACUCUCCGUAUAAUCCUUCCACUCGCAGAUUGAUUGAUAGAGUCUGACUUGUGGGGUGGUCAGGAGAGUUUUGACUUUUGAGUCUGUGAAAGAAAUCCCGUUGCAGUGUGACCAUUCAACCAGUACUUUCAUAUAGCUCUUUUCACUUUUCGGCAUCUCAGUAAAAAGUGAAGUUUAGAAAUAAUGUUGCAUUUUGUUUCUGGCCACUCUUGCACCGAAAAAGUUAAAUGUCCAUGUUUACCCCAACCGUUUUACGCGCAGCGUUCAUUUACGGUACUUCUUCGAAUAAAUUCAGUAGCACUGAAAACUGAGCGUUUAUACCGAACAUUGAAGCGCACUUCCCCCACAGACCCCACCCUGCUUUAAACUAGCAGAUGAGAACCCCUCCCUCCCUACUUUUCAAUAAGCGCCCCAUUCCCACCAGUAACACCAAAUUUCUUCUUUAAAUAUACCGUUUUGACAAACCUAUCAGAAUGAUCAUUUUUUAUUUUGAAACAUAUUCUCCCCAGCAAAACAACAAGGAAUAUCAGUAACAGUAUGGAUAACUUAUACCAAGAGAGAUAUAACAAUGAUACUGGGGUUUAAAGAGUUUAGUACCAUGGGUUCACAAGCAAAGUCACUUUCUUCUCGCAUCAUCAAUAUAGUUUCUCUCCGUUACCAAGUCACCAACUGGAUGUGCUGGCACUUUUCUCUAUUAAAGAUUCCUCUAAUUAAGUUUUAUUCGCGGCAAGAUAAACCGUUAAGAAACGUCCCCUCCCUUGAAAACGCGGCCCUCGUUCGACCUCGUUUUGGACCAAAAUAAUCGCUCGUGAGCUAGUCCCUGAUAUAUACCACACAUAUUACACACAGACCGAAAACUACUACGCAACAAUAACUAGAAAAAGGGUCAAUGAAACUAACAAAUUCCCAAUUAAUUAAUUUAUGAUUUUCAAUGGUUGGCGUUUGAUAAACAUUGAUGAGAGUGUUUCCUUUUUCUAGAAAUUCUGAACGACCGCAAGCAAAAUGAGCAGGGAAGCCAAUACAACAGGAAAAAAUGGUAAGGAAAGAAGACGGAAUGGGCUAGCAGCCUGAAGUAGUAAAUUGGUGGUAUACCCUAUUUGUACCAGCACCGACUGGUUCUUUUGUGUCUCGUGUUCCUCUUAAUCUGAACCUGUAAAAAACGCAAUCGCUCUACCUGAUCUUUGACUAGCCCACCAAAAACGGACCCAGGCAAAUAUCAAGGUUCGUUCGAAAACAGAAGACCAGUGCUCUGCAGACUGAUAACGUAGCUAACGCUGUUGGACCUGACAUCCUCCUCGAUUCGUGCAUGUUCUUGUAUUUGCACUGAUUAAUGUCCUAGUAUUUACCAAAGGAAAUGAAAAGGGUAUUGAGUAGUUGGCAAAACGUUAAACCAUUUACAGUAGCAGUUAUGAAUCUCCGGUCUUGAUUCCGGUGUCUUCACUUGUGUCAAUUUUUUCCAUGUCAUUUGAUUUUCCCCAAGUAACCACAAGUCAUUUGGAGAUAUUCGUCAACAGGGUGGAAUUGGGUAGCAUUUUUACCAGCCUCUGUAAACCUCUGUCCAUCCCCUUCCAACUUCUACAAUAAAGCUUCAUUCUAAAAGAAAGGCAGUGAAUAAAGAAGGUUUUAUCGCAUAUUGCAAAUGAUUUUUAUACAAGUUUACUGUCCUUUUCAUAGGCACAAACAACACAUUUGUGACGGAAACCUUCAUCGCGCCAACGCCGCCCAGCGGUAUUCCACCAGACAUUCAAAUUGGCAUGACGUCAGCUUACGCAGUCAUCUUCACUUUCGCUCUUUUGGGCAACUCGCUGGGUUUGUACGCCAUUUUAAAGAAGACUUCUUCUACAAAUAUAACCAACGUUUUUAUCGCCAACAUGGCCGUCGCAGACUUGCUGUUGACUCUCACUGUGAUGCCUUAUACCGUGGCUUAUUUGUAUCGUGGAGACGUGUGGAUUGGCGGAAUAAUGGGCGAGAUAACAUGCAGAGUUAUGUUCUACGCUAUACCGGUCUCGAUAGCGGCUACUGUCCUGACAAUGAUGGUUAUUUCAUUGGAUCGUUUCUACGCUAUAUAUUAUCCCUUGAGAGAGAACAUCUUUCAAAAACCGAUAAUUUUGUCCAGCAUUAUAUGGAGUCUAUCAUUGGUACUAAUGCUCCCAUACGCAUUGUUGUUCCAAGUCAAAUUUGAUCCAGGCCUGAACGCGUAUGUGUGCCUUCAAGUGUGGCCAUGGGCGGACCCCAAUGACAUAACCUAUGCUGAAACCUAUCGCGUGCUGAAAUUCUUCCACAUCUGUGUUUUCGUCCUUAUGUACGUAUUGCCCCUACUCUCGACGAUCACAAUUUACAUCUUGAUUUGCCGUAAAUUAACGCGACGCCAAAUCCCUGGGAACAUGACUCAAGGCUUGCGCGCCAUGGCAGAUAACUCUAAACGUAAAGUUGUGCGACUGUUGGUCAUCAUAUGUGUGGUGUUUGCCCUGUGCUGGUUUCCCACGUACGUUAAUCACUACUUUGUCUAUGUCUUACAGCCUGGCCAAGGCCCCACCCUACCAUUUAGAGUUCAAUUGGUUUUCACCUGGAUAGCUCAUCUAAACAGCGCAAUCAAUCCAUUUCUUUAUAUUCUGCUAAACAAAAAAUUUCGCAUGGCGCUAUUUUCCGUACUCCCCGUACCACCAUGCCUUAGCUCUUGGCCAAUAGGAACCUCCGCGGUGACGGCACAAACACCCCUGGGAAAUAACCCGGGCCGGGGCUGGGUCCAAGGACAGGAAGGUAACAAGGAANUUAUUUCAUUGGAUCGUUUCUACGCUAUAUAUUAUCCCUUGAGAGAGAACAUCUUUCAAAAACCGAUAAUUUUGUCCAGCAUUAUAUGGAGUCUAUCAUUGGUACUAAUGCUCCCAUACGCAUUGUUGUUCCAAGUCAAAUUUGAUCCAGGCCUGAACGCGUAUGUGUGCCUUCAAGUGUGGCCAUGGGCGGACCCCAAUGACAUAACCUAUGCUGAAACCUAUCGCGUGCUGAAAUUCUUCCACAUCUGUGUUUUCGUCCUUAUGUACGUAUUGCCCCUACUCUCGACGAUCACAAUUUACAUCUUGAUUUGCCGUAAAUUAACGCGACGCCAAAUCCCUGGGAACAUGACUCAAGGCUUGCGCGCCAUGGCAGAUAACUCUAAACGUAAAGUUGUGCGACUGUUGGUCAUCAUAUGUGUGGUGUUUGCCCUGUGCUGGUUUCCCACGUACGUUAAUCACUACUUUGCCUAUGUCUUGCAGCCUGGUCAAGGCCCCACCCUACCAUUUAGAGUUCAAUUGGUUUUUACCUGGAUAGCUCAUCUAAACAGCGCAAUCAAUCCAUUUCUUUAUAUUCUGCUAAACAAAAAAUUUCGCAUGGCGCUAUUUUCCGUACUCCCCGUACCACCAUGCCUUAGCUCUUGGCCAAUAGGAACCUCCGCGGUGACGGCACAAACACCCCUGGGAAAUAACCCGGGCCGGGGCUGGGUCCAAGGACAGGAAGGUAACAAGGAAUUGGAGCUUACUCCUAAAGAUAACAGCAGCAACUGUAUCCAGUCCAGUUGA